UGGCAUCGGUAUCGGCGAGUACUUGAACCCAUGCACCGAUCCGAUACCAUUUUCUUAGACAAGACCUAUAGUUAUGCGCGCUAGCUUUGCUUAACGCUACAAAUAGGAAAUCAAUUCUUCUUCGCUGCUCAGAAUGCAAAUACAGGAAGUUGUGCUGUGUUGCCACAAGCAACCACUAUUUAGAGCAGCAAAGAAGUACAAACGUGCUAGCACAUUGCCAGUAAAUCACUUGCGUAUGCGACUAAAUCUUCACCCUGGGCGACUAAAUGAUGUCUAAUAUUAGCCACUGGCUGAUAAAUAAUCAGAUUUUACACGCCAGUGUGUGAGUUGGAGGCUAUGUAUAAGUUUAGCACAGAUAUAUUGUAACUCGCUGAACACUCUGACGGAGCGCUUCAGAGUUUCGCUCUCUGUCAAGCUAUCUAUUUUUCAGAUCAUCUGAAUGAAUGUAUUUGACGUACAGUAAGCUCUAGUGUGAAGCGGACAACUCGCCGUCGCUUUGCUUUUUUUCUCACACGCAGAGAGAGAGAGAGUCUUUUACAUGUAGCGCGUCAAUUCAGAAUGGUAUGUAAACUAUAUUCUUUGUUGUAUUUUUCUGUCAAAAUAACGGAGUUCCUUUGGAAUUCUUCAGUUUAACUGCCGGGUUCUCCGGUAGUAGGCGGAGCUAAUGCGCAAACGACAAUCUCAUUGGCUGGCGCUCACCUAUUAUCAUCCCUGUUUUGAUAUCAGCAAAUCAGUUCGAGCCAAUGCAGACAACGUGAUUAAUAUUCAUGAAUCCAGCAGCUCGUUAACCCUUGGUGCGUUUAUAUUGUUCUUAGCAGAAUUCAUAGUAUGAUUAUUAUUAUCUUAUCAAUAUUAUUUAUAGUUUUCCCCCCAUUUUUAUAGAAACACUGAAUGACCAAAAAAGCACCACCACCAGUCCUAAGUUCAGUUAAAAUGACUAAUAUGCAUUCAUACAUGGUUACCAAGUUUUAAUUCUAAUUGCUAAAGUUCUAUCAAUAAUACUUGAUUAUCAUAAUAUAUUUAUAAUGCUUGACUGACUGAUGUUAACAGUGUACUUUUUUCCAAACAUUAUAUAUUAUAUUUUUGGUUUACUCGCCAGACUAUCUAUCUAUGGUGAAGCGCACCAUCAAAUAAUUGUAUCAAUUCAUACAGGGCUAGUAAGUAUAGCUGUAUAACCAGAUACACAGUAUCGGAUCAGUACUCGGUAUCGGCCGAUACCCUGAGUCUAGGAGGGAAGGGAAAAAGGGUAUCGGAACAUCUCUAUUUUAUACCUGUACGACUUACUUUAUGUUAGUUUUUGUUACCAUUGACCUCCAUUUUUCUCAUUUCUCAAAAUACUUAUUUUAGUAAAUAAUGUCAAAAUUAGAAUUUUUGGGUGAAUUGUCCUUUUAAUGUGAUGAUAAUGCAUAUAUUUCAUGUUUUUCCUGUAUAAUACUCCCACCCACAUGUUCAUACAUGUCUACACAAGGAACUUGACAAUCCCGUUUUGAGCCAAGGGGAAUAUUUAUUGUGAUGACGAGAGUGCAAUGACUUACUAUUAAUAUCACACCCAGUAUAAAAGCCUUGCCCUGCUGCUAAUGAUUAAAUGACUGAAUUAUGUCUCUAUGUAAAGGUAAGCCUGUCACCAGAAAUCAAAGUCCAUGUUAGAUGAAAGCAGAAAGGGGAGAACAAAACGGAGUAUUUAAAUCUACACCGAGACACACAAUCAAGCUGGACAUCUUGUUCCGUUUCUCUCGCUCUUAUUCUUCACCUUUUUUUCUUCUAGUCACGCACCCACAGUUUCCUGACUUCCUGUGUCUUCACGCGCACAGUCAAACAUGCACAGUAGGUGUGUGAAGAGCAGGACUGUAAUGUUGCUGGCUUUCUAUGCAAGCUGAAUGACAGACGCUUUAUUUUGAGCUACCAUCACCAGAGAUGGAGUUUGCUUGCAGUCAUGUUGUGUGUAACUGGAGGUCUGAGAGCUUAUCAGAAGAUGAAGCCAAAGUCUCAAAUCAAGGUUCUGCCUCCACUCUUCCCUGUGGUCUGUCCAGAGCUCAGUCCGUCUCCGAUCAUCCUUACGACAACCGCAUUACCUUCAUUCAGAAACCAGUUCCAUCGAUGGCUCCACCACCUGUACCACCUCGUAACAUACACAGGAGAGAAAGUCUCUGUAGCGCACUUCCACCACCAUUACCUCCAAGAGGUCUGGAAAAUAAUGGAGAGACUCGACUUAAAGCUAAUGUAAACGUAGUGUCGCUAAAAGUGGGAAGCCUCGUGGACAUUGGUAAAGCAUCUGCUAUACAGAGCAGCCAGAAACCAGUGCGUUGUGGGAAAUGCAAUGCCGUCAUGUCCUCAGCAAGCAGCCCAGAGUCACACCAGAAAAAAAUAAUAUGGAGCUGUGAGUUUUGCAGGAAGGAGAACGUUUACCCCCAGACUACACUGAAGGGCAGCCGGUUUCCUUUGCGCAAUCCUCCAGGCAGAGAUAUACUUUACUUGGAUGACGAUGAGGACACAGAUUAUGAGAAUCUAGACGACAUGCUUAUUGUCCUGUGCGUGGACAUUUCCGGAAGUAUGAGCGUCACUUCUGAGAUCUCUCCCGGUAACAGCAUGCGAUCACCCACAUAUGUUUCACGACUGCAGGGAGUCCAAGAAGCUCUUCAGAUGGUGCUGUCCACCCUGCAGAAAUCCUCACCUCACCGAAGAGUGGCACUGGUGACGUUUAACAAUGAGGUGACAGUAUAUGGUGAUGGCACAAAGGUUCCUCUCACUCUGAGAGACUGGGCACUGGUGGACUAUGACUAUCUGAAGAAGGAGGGUGAGAACUACAGCACCCCUCACUGCAUUGCAGAGACUAUCCAACCUCUUACCCAAAAAAUCAAAGAACUCAGAGAGCAUGGAGCCACAGCACUGGGACCUGCUGCCCUCAUCUCUGUUGCCAUGGCAUCUCAGUUCACAGGGUCAAAAGUUAUAAUUUGCACAGAUGGGCAGGCCAACAUAGGCCUUGGCCAAUUAGAUCAAGAGUCUCCCCAUUGCCCCGCCCCCUCACCUUAUUUUUUCAACCAGUUAGCCCAUUAUGCUGCUGAAAAGGGUGUGAUAGUGUCUGUGAUGACCUUUGAAGGAGAGGACUGUCGUUUGGCAGAGGUUGGGAGGUUGGCUGAUCACACAGGAGGCAGAAUAAAUAUUGUUAAUAUUGGUACAGUUGCCACAGAGAUUCAGAGCGCUGUAGCUGACAAUGUCCUAGCAACUAGCGUUAUGGCAACACUGCUGACACCGGAUGGCAUGUACUUCCCCUAUGAGGAGGAUAAUCACAGGUUAGUACGAGAGAUUGGCAAUGUAACAGACGGUGUUGAGAUCACCUUCCAGUUUGCAGUCAGACCAGAAAAAGUUGAAAGUUUCCAACAACGGGAUCGGGUGCCUUUUCAGCUGCAGCUGAGUUUCAAGACUCGAGAUUUGCAGAAAGUGACGAGAGUCAUCACUCAACAGAAGCGCGUCACCACCAGCAGUUGGGUUUGGGCAGGCAGUUUAAAUAUGUCUGUGUUGGGCGUUCACUGUGCCCAGCUGUGUGCAAGGCUGACUAUGGAGGGCCGGGUACAGGAAGCACAGAGACAGCUCAGAGCUCAGCAGGACCUUCUCAAAGACAUCAGUCAACAGAAGCCGAGCCCUAAAGAAGAGAGUAUCUAUGGGAAUUGGAUCAGCACCAUGAGUAUGAUCUGUGAAGACCUUACCUCUGCCACCCAGAGUCUCUCAGAUGCGGCGGCCAAGGUGGUCUACCAAAUGAAGAGAGCGAAGAGCGUGAGUGGAAAGGGACAGAGAGUUGCCAUGCUGGAGCACUGAGCUCAGAUGUCACCAAGACUCAUUUAAAUGUGAAACCAGUCAUAAGGCUGCCAUAUCAAUCUCAAACUAUGGACAAUGAAUACUGCUUGGAAUAUAUGCAAUAAAAAAAAAUAUGCAAACUAUGAGUCAAUAGCUUGUAUCCAGCUGGUGAGUUUCUUGUCAUGCCAUCACUGCUGUAUUUAUCUUUGGCUGGUCUGUGCAUUUCAGCCAUUUUUGCACGAGUAACUUGUGUAAAUGUAUGUCAGAUUACCAGCUUGGAUACUAGGGACCAUAUUAAUAAAACAUGUUUUAUAGAAAUCA